AUGCUGAAGAACCAAACUCAAAAUUUCAUCUCGCGUAUUUACACUCGACCUAGCUACUUCUUAUAUACUACACCACCAUGGAAACGAAUCAAUCAUUAUUCAUCUCCUUCAACUCAUUGGUUAAGCCAUUGGAAACCAAUCAUCGUUCCCCCUGAUAACCAAGAACCAACACAUUCGUCUUCCAAAUUCAAAAACAACAAGAAAAUUUCCGAUCCUCGAGCAACACACGCACGCGUUAUAAAAUCUCUCACCACAGACAUCGCAUUAUUCAACAAUCUCUUAACACAAUACUUCAACUCAAAACUCCCUCGCUACGCUCUCUCAUUAUUCAUCCAAAUUCCUUCUCCUAACGUAGUUACAUGGACAUCACUUAUCACUGCACAUUGCUACACUAUUCACUCCCUCCAUCAUUUUCUCUCUAUGCUUCGUAAUUCCAUUCUUCCUGUUCAUCGCACUGUCGCCAUGCUUUUCACCACCUGCGGCUCUCUCCAAACCCUCUCCUUUGGUCUCUCCCUUCAUUCUCUCUCCCUUAAACUCUCACUCUGUAACCAUCCUUUUACUGUUUCAUCUCUUGUUAGUUUUUACUCUAAAUGUAAACUUCCUAAUGAUGCAUUCAAGGUGUUUGAUGAAUCUCCCGACAGAGAUAAUGUUUCUUAUUCCGCUAUAGUCAAUGCUUUUGCUCAUAAUUUUUGUUUUUCGGAUGCUCUUUUGAUGUUCGGUAAGAUGAGAUGCGAUGGUUUUGAUUCUACUGUUCAUAGUGUUUCUGGGUCACUACGGGCUGCUGCGAAGCUUGCUGCGUUGGAGCAGUGUAGGAUUAUUCAUGCACAUGCUGUUGUUAUUGGGAUGGAUUCUAAUGUCGUGGUUAGUACUGCUCUUGUUGAUGGGUAUGGUAAAACGGGUGUUGUUGACGAUGCAAGACGGGUUUUUGAGGAUAAUUUGGAUUGGAUGAAUCUUGUGGGUUGGAAUGCUAUGAUGGCUGGUUAUGCACAACAAGGGGAUUUUCAGUCUGUUUUAAAAUUGUUUGAUUCUAUGGAAGGUCGUGGAUUUGUGCCUGAUGAGUAUAGUUUUUUGGCGAUUCUGACAUCAUUGUAUAAUGCUGGGAUGUUUAUGCAUAUUGAUGUGUGGAUGAAUAGGAUGAAAGUGAAUUAUGGUUUGAAACCGACUCUUGAGCAUUAUACAUGUUUGGUGAGUGGAAUGGCCCGUGAUGGAAAAUUGGAGAGUGCAGAGAGGAUAGCUUUGACGAUGCCUUUUCAGCCAGAUGCAGCGGUUUGGCGAGCUUUGCUAUCUGCUUGUGCGUACCAUGGUGCGGUUGAUAAAGCUCAGGUUAUGGCUAGGAGGGUAUUGGAACUAGAACCUAAUGAUGAUUCUGCUUUUGUUAUUGUUGCUAAUAUGUUAUCAGCUGCUGGAAGGUGGAAUGAUGUUGCGGAGUUGAGGAAGAUGAUGAAAGAUAAGAAGGUGAAGAAGAAAGGAGGGAGGAGUUGGAUUGAAGUGCAGGGGAAAGUUCAUGUUUUUAUGGCAGGGGAUUGGAGGCAUGAGAGGUCAGUCGAUAUUUAUCAGAAGUUGGCAGAGCUGAUGGAGGAUAUUGAGAAGUUAGGAUACGUUCCUAUUUGGGACGAGUCGUUGCACAAUGUUGGGGAAGAAAAGAGAAAGGAAGCUCUUUGGUAUCAUAGUGAGAAGUUGGCAGUUGCAUUUGGAUUGUUGUGUGGAUCUGUACCACCGGGUAAGCCAUUAAGGGUUGUCAAGAAUUUGAGGAUAUGUAAAGAUUGUCACGAGGUUUUUAAGUAUAUGACUAGAGUUUUAGAAAGGGAAAUUAUUGUGAGGGACGCCAACAGAUACCAUAGAUUUCUGAAUGGUGUUUGUACUUGUAGAGACAUAUGGUAA